AUGAGCUCUCGAGACUCGAGUCUUGGCCGCCGAAAACGAGGCUCCCAGUCUCCUGCUAAAAGAAGUGAUACUCCGAACACGGCCACAACAAAGAGCACAGGUCCAUACGAUACUAAUUUCCAGCAACAUUUGAUCAACCAUGAGAUCUACCCCCCUCGAUAUACCUAUCCAAAUGGUAGUGGCCCGCGACAACCAGACAACAUGGACGAAAUCAAACGAACGCUCGGGCAACCCCGGCCCUCGCUUUCGCCCUCGCAGUUUUCUGACGGCGCGUUCGAUUCGUUUCAAGACGCAGAUACACACGCUGCCAAGGAGGCACAGGUUAUGGCAAGAGUGAUUCCAAUCAUUGAAGGAAAGUUGGAAGAUCCGAAGUGUACCGCAGGGCAGAUUCCAUUUAAUAACCUCGAUUACUUGACUGAUGGCUCGCUCGUGGCCGGGAACCCGGACGUAUACUACGGAGCACGUCCCGAACAGCUUCAACAAAAAGUACGGAAGCAGCUGAGCGGCAAGAUUGAACCUUCGACCCAGGACCAUCUGCCUGUGGCACCAAACUUCUUUCUCCAGGAGCGAGCACUAGGAGCGAGAGGGGUCCACUGUUUGCAGUCAUAUGGCCAGGCGGAGUCGCAAUAUGAUAACAAUGCUUACACCCUCACAUCCAUAUACCAUGGUGGUCAACUUAAGAUGUAUACCACUCAUCCAAUACCCCCGUCGGCUCCCGGAAACAAAAAUGGCUUUGCCAUGACACAAAUCAAAACUUGGGCCUUGACUGGCGAUGCCGAUACCUUUCGACAAGGAGUUGCUGCGUAUCGGAAUGGCAGAGACUGGGCAAAGCGACAGAGGGAUGAUGCGAUCAGUCAGGCAAACGAGAGACAAGCUAUCGUCGAAGCCGGUGCCUCGCUGGUCGACGAUAGCUUAGGGCUGAGCUUCACAAGCGGGACAUCUGCUGCUGAAACCAUAGUUACUAGCCAACAAACCACCAAGUAUCCCGGUUCACCUUUGCCACUAUCAUAUGAGUCUGAGACAUCGGCAGACGAACUGUCGCUUGAUAUCAGACCGCCUGUUAAGCGUACGAAGUCACGUUCCCCGCGGAAGAGGUAG